AUGAGAGAAGUCAACUUCAGCAUUCCGAACGUGAACAAAGCCUCCGUGAACAUCACAACCACCCUCUAUGACCGUCGUGCGCUCGAUUGUACAUCUACUUUGCCUCUCAUUAACUCCCUGAAUCAUCUCGCCUAUCUCACCACAUCAUCCGCCCGCAUUCGGGACAUUCUCACCGUCGAUGGCGGCAUUGAACGUCUCGUGUGCAUCCUCAAGGAGGGUCGGAGUCGGAAUUUGAUGGAGAUGUGGAAGUGGAGCCUUGCUUUUCAGUGCGUGGUCAACAUUGGCGUAAGAGGUUCGGAGAAUGUGCGGACAAGAGUGGUGGAAGCAGAUAUGGUGCCGGUCAUCGCGACCAUCCUGGACAAUUACAUCAAAGUCGUGGAUAAAGCACGGGCGCGAGUCGAUGCAGAGACACAGAGGCAUUCGUCGAGGCAUCAUCCUAAACCCAUCCCAGCACCCGCUUCUGUUACGGGUGAUCAUGAGCUCCGACCUUUUCGCCGACAAGCACCGCCACCGCAUAUUGAGAUCCCUCAGCCCUCAGGCCAGGAGAAUCAGGUUCGUGACUCCAAUGCGAUGGAUAUCUCGUCUUCACCAACUCGGAUGCCGAUGACAUCGCCACCGGAACGCAACGUGUUCGGACAGGAAGCCCUUCAACAUCAUCACCACCAUCACCACCAUCACCAUCAUCAUCACCGCACCAAUCAACCCAUCGGCCAUCGUCAUCGGGCUAUGCAACCCUUGGCCACGGCUGUCCCCACAAUGGAUGCCGCCGAUGGUUUCCAUCUACGCCCUGUGCGCGACACAGAACGGCUACCUAGCAUGCUUCCACGGUUGCACACCGGCUUUAUCUCCCAGCCCGACUCCCCGACCACACCCAGCGGUCCAGUGCAAUCGCGGAGUAACCCACCCACUUCGAGCACCUCUCCAGCCCCCGCAACGACUACGCUUCAACGACCUGCACUCCAUCAGCACCCCUCUGCUUCGGGUGAGUCGGAUGGAAAUGAUGAAGGCUCUGCGGCCGGUGACGAUGCAGCAGGGCCAUCUGAGCCGAUUGUGGGACUACAGAAUCAGAUGGAAAUUGAUGAGGUGGGCGACAGGCAAGCCAUGCUUGAGGGUGUUUCCAACACCCAUGACCUGACGGUUACCGAUCCUUCUGAAGGACAAGAUGCGGAGACAUUCAACAUCAGCCAUCGCUCAGCUGUUGACGGCAGCACUAUCAACAACGACACGACGCAGACAAAUGGUGCCUUGGGCCUGUCACCAGCUCGGAAUGCCAACAACACCAACUCUCCGGCCAUUGUUCCUAGCCCCUAUGCUCUCUACUACCGCGAUCGAGCAACUACCGCAGCUCAGGGCGUGUUGACGACGAUGCCUCGUGAUGAAGAUGUUUUGAUGUCGCUUCAGCUUCUGGCCUACGUGUCCAAGUAUUGCAACCUUCGUUCCUUCUUCCAGCAUUCGCACCUUGUUCCGAAGCUCAAGAUUGACCGCGAACUCAACAUGUUGGAUGACCCCAGCGCCUCGCCGGUCGAGCAGCCAGAGGAGGAGGAAUACCUCCUUCCAGAUGAUGUGAACAUCUUCCCUCUGGUUGAGAAGUUCACUGUCCGUCAUCAUUCGAAGGACAUGCAGUACUGGGCAUGUGUGGUGAUGAGGAAUCUCUGCCGCAAGGACGAGUCUCGUGGUGGCAUCCGCCAGUGCGCAUACUACAAGUGCGGCAAAUGGGAAGAAUUCCAACGACAAUUCGCCAAGUGUCGUCGCUGCCGACGUACCAAGUACUGCAGCAAGGAUUGCCAAAAAGCCGCGUGGGUAUACCACCGCCAUUGGUGCCAGACCACGCCAUGA